UGUACACACGCAUAUUAUAUUUAAUUUAAGCGUAAUUUCUUUGUUGGAACGCCAAAAUCCAAACGCCAAGAAAUGCACUUCGAAGCUUUCUCUGCUCUUUGCGAAUGAAGAGCCUGUUGUAGUGAUUUCGUUUCAAAGCAGAAUUUUAUGAUUCUUCAGCAGUAUUUGAGUAGUUUCAUUUGUCCAGCUGAAAUUGUUGAACGUCAAAGGAGUACGAAGCUGGGCUGAUUAAAGUUGUUAAAAUGCUUCUGAGAAAAGGAAGCUAAUGCCCAGAACACUAUCGUUUAUUAACUCGAGGAAGAGAAGAUAUCGUUAAAUUUAAAAUAAUAGUUGAUGAUGAUCCUAUUUGCCUUUUAUUUCUCCACCAUGAGAAUCUAUUUCAAUUUAUUAUUAUGAUGUGCUUUCAUGUAGAACACAUUGUUAUACUUUCCUAGGAAACUAAUGAAGUUGGCUGAAAGAAAAUAAGUGGGUGGGACCGGGGGAACUGUGGAAUAGAAUCAAAAUCUGUGAACUCUCUUCCCCUGAUUGAUCUAUGUGUUAAUUGACUUAUCAAGUCCUUAGUUAAAGAUCCUGAAUUCUAGAGGUAAAUUUUUCUAUUUAGCUAUGAUGCAAUUUCUUGAUUAUCUCUUUUUACAGGUCCUAAAUUCCGUUGGAUUAUGAAAGGGUUGGUUGAAAGGUACAAAAGAUGGAACCGGGUGCAUCCAACUUAUGGAGCUUUUUGGGGGAUUGGCGUGGGCAUAGGUUGUGGUAUUGGUUGGGGUCCUGGUUUUGGCCCUGAAGCCAUCGGCUAUGUUGGAGCUGGUUGUGGCAUUGGAUUCGGUGUUGGAUUCACUCUGGCUGGCCUAGGUAUUGGUCUUCCAGUCAACUUUAUCUUCCAAGUUCCUUAUAACGCUAUUAUGGCAACAAGAGGCUCUGCAUUGAAGUUGGCACGGUCAAGUAGUCCUCUUUCAAAAAAUCAUUUUGCAGGAGAUGGCUGGACUGGAAUUGCACCUCAUGUCUCCGAACUGCUUAGAGAAGCAAGUGAGAAAUUCUCUAGCUUUAGGCAACAGCAUUUAUCAGUUAAGGGCACCGAUCUUUUUGCAAUGAAAAAUAGCCUCCCAUUACUUGCUACAUCUGCUUGUGAAAGUUUUCGAGCAUUGAAUACUCAGUUUUUCAGCUUGCGCAGAGGCCUUGAGAGUCAGAAUUCCAUGACUGGAACCUCAUCUGCCACUAUGCAGCACACCUUCUGCCAAGAGCCCCUUCCAACAUCCAAAAAACCAGCUCUGGUUCUUAUCACACCAUACUACAUAAAUGGCCGUAACUACCUCCAGUGGUCAUCAAGCCUGAUAUGGUCUGCUAGUGCCAGAGGCAAGGCAAAUAAGCUUACUAGAUCUGCUGCUCUGUCUAGUGUUGAUGAUGCUAAAUAUGCUACCUGCGAGGCUGAAACCAGCUUGGCACUAUCUUGGUUGAUCAAUUCAAUGACAAUAGAGAUUGGGAAGAAUUUCUUGCUGUCUAAAAUUGCUCAUGGUGCAUGCACAAUAGAAAAGGCAUCUUGUUCCUCAGUUAAUAAUAAAGCAAUUCUAUUUGGCAUUGAGUGUUUUCUCCAUGAUUUCAGGCAAGGCAACCUAGAUGUAACCCAAUAUUAUAAUGUACUACUAAGACAAUGGCAAAAAUGGGAUCUUUACGAGAUUCAUCAAUGGUACUGUGAAACUGAUGCGCAAUAUUACAACACACUCAAAGAAGAAAAGAGAGUGUAUAAAUUCUUGAUUGGCCUCAACCCCAUCUUUGAAGCAAUAAGAAAUCACAUCAUGAGUCUGGAUCCGUUACCUACUCUUGAAGAGGUAUUUUUCGUUGUUAAAAGGGAAGAAAGUAGAAAGAGACCCACACCCAAUACUUCUACUGCUUAUGCUGCCCCUGAAUCAUCAACAUUGGUAGCAGAAGGUGCUCGUUCUGAUGACUACAAAUUGAAGAAAAUCUGAGAGACCAUGGUGUGAACAUUGUCACACAGCAGAAGUAUACUGGAAACUUCAUGGGCAACCAGCAAACAUAAAGGGUCAAGUUGUUGAAACAAAAUUAAUGGAGAUGGAUUCAUGGUGAAAUUGGAAGAAAAGCCUUGGCCUUAAUCAAAUUACUCCAGCAAGUAGCACUUUGUGAUGUUGCACAGAAUGACUGGGAACCAACUCUAGCAAACAUCAGGAAAUGACAUUGGUGUUGUUCUUGUUGCUCCUGCACAGGUAACCCAUCACUAGCCUUAAACACCAAAGUCCGGAACAACAAUACUUGGGUGGUUGAUUUUGGUGCCUUUGAUCAUAUGACUAGUAAAUCCUCUUGCCUUGAAAUGUUCACUUCAUGUAUUAUAAGUUGACAGUAAAACCGGCUGAGUGAGCACCUUCCAAAGGGUUUGGUUAUGGGUACAGUUCAAUUGUCAGAUACUUUAAUUUUAAGAAAUAUUUUGUUGGUUUUUUAGGUAA